AUGUCGCAGCCCAAUAUGAAACGCACAUUAGCGCCAGCGUCAUCGGACAGUGAUGACGAACCUAACCCGAAGCGCGUCAGAAGCGAAGGCAAAUCUCCACUGGAGGAUGAAGGCGCAUGGCGCAUCCUGUUCCAGUACCUCACCACUGAGAUGACCUAUCCUCAGAUGGAAGAGGACUUCAUAUCUUACCUUGGCGACAGAUACUGCGCGGAUGACUGGAAGGACGCCCGAGACGCGUUAUUCUCUGCUGACGACCUGAAUGAUAACGCAACUCCCUUGGCGAAUCUUCAGGUUUUGUACACGAAGCAUGUACCUCAGGCUUCUCUAUCGAAUAGGGCGGGCCCACCAGAAGAUUCUCAGGUCAUAGUAUCUGCACCGAGGACGCUUGGACGCUUGUCGGACACUCGCAAGAGCCAUACAAGCCGCCGAUCACGUCAACGACCCAAACCGAAGAAUCCCUUCAUCGACGCCAAAGCAGAUGAGGGCUCAAGCGACGACGACGACGACGACGACGAGGAAGAGGAGGAGGAGGAAGGGGGAGAGGAGGGCAGUCGCUCUCAGGUUCGGUCACCGAAGGUCACGAGCUUGCCAGGACCAUCAGGCAAACAGACUUUUUUGUCGGCAGUCGACAACAUCUUCAACGAAGUCAACACAUUGAAGUCAUCAGACAGGCGCCUUAAAGUUCCUUACAGAGCGGCCUGGUGCCCCGGCACGAUUGAAAGCAAGAUGUACCUACUGCAUGUUCACAGAACUGCAACUGACUAUAUCACUGCACAGCUUCGGAGCAAAGGACUUCCGGUCACCGUUUUGGCUUGGAUCCCAGGCCAGAUAUACAUGGUGUCUGAUAGCCCGAAAACGAUCGCGUCAUUCCUCCUGACCGCGCAUAAACAAUCUGUCCGAGAAUAUCUUCGUAUCUCAGACGAAGAACGUCAAGAGGUCGAACGUGCACGACCCAAACUUCCCAACCCGGGGUGGGUGCGAAUCAUUCAACGCGGCAAAUACAAAGGCGACAUAGCCUAUAUCUAUGAUUCCAAGCAGGCUGACGAUUUUGUCGUGGUCUUAAUCCCCCCGCGGUCUUUUCCCUAUCCCGUGUCUGAGAAGUCUGCGGCUGCACUGUUAGACAGAUGUCGACUCCCGGCAAAUGGUGCAGUAUCCGAUAUCACUCAUCACGGCGAAGUUAUAGGAUAUUCGUUCAAAGGAGAAAGAUAUUAUAUGGGGCUGUUACUCAAAAGAUUUCAUCAUUCUGACCUAGAGCUUGUGACGACCCCUCAUCCCGACUACAUUCGACUCCAUCUCCAAUCUGGAUGGGACACACCCUUCGUCAAAAGCAUUGAGCUGGCGUUCUCUAUGCAGUUCCUCCGCGUAGGCGAUGAGGUUAGGGUCAUCUCUGGAGAGAUUUGUUCAGAGAUCGGAAAAGUUGUCUCAACAGAUCAUGGGUUAGGUUGUGUGUCGGUGGAAUUCAAUUUCGAUAUUCAACAUCGAACGCAAGUAGACUUCCGACUUCGGGAUAUAGAACGCGUGUUUCGACUCGGCGAUUCGGUUCGAGUUAUAGCGGGUGUAUACUUGGGUUUGGAAGGUCACAUCGUUCAAAUGUCCGACAACGUAUUUCAUAUUUGUCAAGAGGCAACUAAAGAAGAGAUUGAAGUUUCGAAACACUACUUGGAUCGCCGUCCUCUGAAGCAUGUGCUGCAAAAACAGCUGUCAACGCAGCAAUUAUUCGAGCCUCCUCCUGAAACCAAUACAAUGGAAAUAGGGGAUUAUGUAGAGGUACUUGCCGGUCAGUACGUAGAGAAACACGGGAACAUCGCCUGGUUUCCUCCGGGAGAACCACCGUCUGUAUAUGUACGGGUGGACGACAAGAUAUAUAGUUCAGGACUGAUGAUGAUUGAAGUGCUUUUAGUCUGGGUUCAGCGGAUCCGCAUCGCCCAGACAAUAAAGUACACAAAGGACAAGGGCUAUGAUGUCAGGCCUGGAGAUUUUGUGACUGUCGCUCGCGGGCCGGAGUAUCAGAUGACAGGGGUCGUGCAAAGCGUCGACCUUCCAACAGCUCGCUUGACCCUAUCAUCUCAAACUGAUGGAACAUUGAUUAAUGUCCCCAUACGGUUCGUCGUGAAGAUACGCAACGCGAGCCUAGAUACCUUCAAGAGCGUUAUUGGCAAAGAAGUAUUCGUUAUCCGCAGUCAGCAUAAGGGCUACAGAGCCACGCUAUACAAUAUAGGGAGGGAGGAUUGCUCUGUUGCACUGCACGGGCAGAAGCAUAUACUACUCAAACUCCCAGAAGUGGCCACUAGUUAUGGAAUGCGGUUGAACGGUACAAUGCUCGAAAGACACGAGUUAGUUUCUUUCUGUGAAAUGCGGCAGAAAUCGUACUUGAAGCCACCGCCUCGAAGUGUCACUCCCCCACCCCAGAAAACGGCCUCCUCCCACUCUCUCACAUGUUCCAACAUGCUGCCUUCCAGCGCCCUGAACAACUGGACUGCCAGUUCCGAGGAUGUUGACGGGGCGAUAAACCAAUCAUUGGCCGUCGAUUCGUCCACCUCGUCUCAGACGAUACCUGACCCUUGGACUGUCGAUCCACAGGACAAUGAGGACAGACAGGAGAAAAUUCAACAUCAUGGCCCGCUACCUUGGUUAAUGAAGAAGGAGUUUGCCUCAACCUUACUUUCGUAUCACGUGGUGUUGAAAGUCUCACCGAGUUUUAUGGGGGGCAGGUUACACAAGCGGUUCGUAUCAACCGCAUGUCCAGACCCCUUCUGCGGUGCGAAUGGGCCCGCACCCGAGAAUUGUGUAGCAGCAUUUUGCACGUCCAAUGGCACGGGGGGCGCAAUCCAACACUAUCACAUACCUGCCCAUGACCUCAGUCCAGCUCCUCCACGCAAAAAGAACCAGCAGUGCCUUAUUUUGGAUGGGGAGCAUCGCGGGGCCAUCCUAACCAUAGCGAAGUGCAAUGUCAAAAAAAAUACUGUGGAGAUGUUUACAAAUACUAGUAUUACUACAGCUCCCUUCAAGCUAGUACUAGUUACUCUUCGUUUCGAUCAAAUAUGUCUCGUAGAACCUAUGUCACCUUCGAUCUGA